AUGUAUGCCAGCGGCUCUUUCCAACAAGUUAUUGGAAACAUUACCGGUCCUUUCCAGCCAAGUGUAAGCCGGGUGUUCAUGGAUGUGGCAAAUGCUUUGUCCAACAAGGCAAUGCGUGAGAUAAAGAUGCCCUCUUCAGAACAAGGAAGAAGAGCAGUGGCUAGAAACUUUUCAAGAAUACGCAAUUUGCCCAGAGUUGUUGGAGCUAUUGAGUGUACACAUGUUGCCCCCAAGGGUCCAAGAAUUGAUGAGGCCCUGUGCAUGAACAGCUACUUGCGGGAGCGAUUUGCUGAAGGAGAGUUUGGAGAGUACCUACUCCUAGGUGUGUAUGGUGACAGCGGCUACCCUUUAGAAUCAUUGCUGAUUACCCCUGUAGCUAAUCCAAUGACAGCAGCAGAGGAGCGCUACAGCAGGGCUCACAUUAGGACACGUUUUGUUGUGGAGCAAACGUUUGGGGUCUUGAAAAGUCGCUUCAGGUAG